CUGUUGCAAAACUUUCGCUACGGUGUGCCCUACUGAACACUGAAGAUGAUAGACGUGUUCAAACCAAUGGACAAGAUGUUUGUUGGUUGCGUCAGGGAAAGUAAUGCUAUUCCGUUGGGUUUAAGUUUUUAGGGCGGGUUUUGUUUUCUCAUACGGAAGAGGAAGGAGCUAUGUUUAUUUUUGAUUUUUAUCAGAAGUUUAUAAAGUUACGAAAAGGGGACUUGUUGAACUAACUUUACAUUAUUUACAUACGGCAGUGAUACUAUUCAAAUAAAAUACAUCCUAAUUUUACUUUAACAACGUGCGUGUCACUAUAAUUGGAGGAAGGCAGUUUGGGAGAGAACUAACUUCGCUACGUUGAAAUCUAGCGUAUGCUUGCUUAGGCAACUAGUUAAACGUUUUUGAAUGGUAUUACUUAACUCUAACCAAGAUGGACAUACAACACCGGCAGCGUCCGAUCAAACCGGACCAGAGUUUUUGGGACAACCGAAGACUGUGGACCGCAAGGAUUUUCUCCAUGCUCUGCUGUGUGCUGGUUGUGUCAGUCGUCGCCGUAUUCUGUGCCUUUGUUUACCUAAUCUUGAAAGAACUGCGGACUGAGAGAGUGAUUGGAGAGGAUGGCUCAGAGGUUAGACUCUUAGGGUUCUGGAGUGUUCUGGUGAUGUCGGUGCUAGCAGGGGUCUGCUGCUGUAGCUUCACAUGGACCAUCACCUACUUCGACUCUUUUGAGCCUGGCACGUUCCCCCCAACGCCCCUGUCCCCUGCCCACCUCAGGCAGGUGACAGGUCACUCCUUCCACAUGGGCUACAGUGUGGCGGUCCUGAAUGGCAUCGUAGCGGCGAUCACCGUCAUUUGGAGCCUCACCUGAUCCUAUCCACAACCCCCUGUUCUACCUGACCUUACCCACAACCCCCUGCUCUGACCCAUGACCCCCUGACCUUACCCACAACCCCUUGCUCUGACCCACACUCCCCUUCUCCCCCAGCUGCUCUCAACCUCUUCUACAGGUGAAUCACUGCUUUUAUCACAGAGCAUUUUCCCCAUGUGUAUGUGUACACCUCAAGAGGAGCAGUAGAACGUGUGAUGCUACGAGAAAAUGUGUCAAGUACUAAAGUCAGCAUCUCACUCACUAGCUCCUUGGAGCUUAGCUCCUCAUCAUUUGGUUCUCCACGCUGUCCUUUUCUUGGCCAAGUCCCAGGCUGAUGCAGUGUUGAGUCCCAGGUUUCUACAAAGUCAGGAUACCUUUUUUAAUGUACUGUAUAUUGUGAUAUAUAUAUAUAUAUAUAUAUAUAUAUUUAUAUUUAGCCUAAAGAGGUAUUUGUGCCAAACGAGUGGUAUAAAGAGAACAUUUAAAAUAUAACAUAAUGCUCACACAUGAUCAAUCUAGGGUUUAUUGUAAGUCUAAUAUAUAGCCUGCAGAGGUAUGUUCCAUGCAGUGUAUUUGUGCAUUUAACUGUUAUUCUCACUGAAACACUGAAUUCCUCUAGUGCUUUCACUGUCUGCCACUGAUGUCUGUACUUCUGAACAGUAAAGAUGCUCUCACCUA